AUGGAAUUUACAAAACAGAUUAAUUUAAAACUAUAUCGUAGAGAUGCUAUCCAAAUAAUUCCUUGGAAAAAUAUUACUUCUAUUACAAUAAGUACAACUUCUAAAGAAGAAUAUGAAGAAGAAAUUAAAAAAUUAACAUUAGAUUUACAUAAUUCUACUGUAUUUAUUAAUGCACAAACUUCAAGACUAUUUGAUGCAGUAAAUAAAAUUGCUAAAUUAGAAAAUACUACAACACAAGCAGAAAAACUUGCAAAAGAUAGUAAAGAACAAUUAGAUUUAUAUAUUGAAAAAUCAAAAGAAGAAGAUAAUAAAACUCAACAAUUAGAAAAACAAAUUGAUUAUUUAAAAAAUGAAUUAGGAUUUUCAAGAACUCAGUUAGGUGAAAUGAAUGAAAAGUUUAAACAAGUCAAUUAUGAAAAUCAUAGAUUACUUGAUAUAAUAGAAGAUCUUAGAAAACAAUUAGAAAGAAAUUCUAAUUCAAAUUAUAUUCAAAUAUCUCCUUUACCUCCUCAAUCAACUCUUGAAGAACCUGAAAAACGUCCUUCUCCUGUUCAUAAUGAAGUUAAUACAAAUCCAUCAAGCACCAAAUCAUCAACUCAAUCAAAACCUAAAAUAUUACAAAAAGGUGUUUCUUCUGAUAUACUUGAUAAUAAAGAACAUUCAAAAAAAUCUACAGGAAUAUCUGAAACAAAAACUUGUAUAGCAAAUUUGGUCUGUCAUGUCCCUUCUAUUGCUGUUAGAAAUAUGGCUGGUCAUACUGGAGACAUUACAGCUAUUGCAUUUAAUGGUUCAGGACAAAUAUAUGCCACUGGAAGUGAAGAUAGAACAGUAAGAAUUUGGGAUUCAACCACUUCUGUUUGUAAAACUUUCUUAAGAGGAAUGUCUCAAUCAGUAACUUCAAUAGAUUUUAGUGAAAUUAAUGAUUUAUUAUUAGUAACAUCAAAUGACGCAACAGUCAGAAUAUUUGAUCUUAAUAGAUAUUCCGCUAGAUAUACAUUAACUGGACACUCAAAUAGAAUUACUGGAGGAAAGUUUAUUGACGCAGAAACUAUUGUCACUGGAUCUACUGAUAGAACAUUGAGGUGGUGGGAUAUGGCACAUAGUAGAUGUAAAUUAAGUUGUCCAACUGGAAGUGCUGUUAGUGGAUUAACAUUAAUGAGAAAUCAAGCAGUAACAAGUCAUAUAGAUGGAUCUAUUAGAUUCUGGGAUAAUAGACAAAAAGAUCCAGUAGGUGUAGUUAGUGUAUUUGAUAGUGUUGCAUGUAGUGAUGUUGUAUUUGUUGAUGGUGCUGCUGAAUAUCUAUUGACCAAUGGCAAAGACAAUACAAUAUGGAUGGUGGAUCCUUUUAUGAUGAGAGUAGUCAAAAAAUAUUUCAAUGACGAUUAUAUUAAUCCUGGAAGUAGAAUAGGUAUUUCAGCAGAUAAAUCUUACAUGACAGUGGGUUCUGUUGAUGGUGCAGUUUAUGUGUGGAAUCUAACAACGAGUAAAUUCGCAUGUUGUGUUUAUCCUGAAGUCAAUGUACAUCAAGGAGGAUCAUAUCAAAGUUGUUAUUGCUCAACUUGGAAUCCAUUAUCUUCACAAUUAAUAAGUGGUUACGGAAGAAAUGUUAUAGUUUGGGAUGACUGA